GGUGGGAAACCGGGCCGGGGGAUGGCCGAGGGUGUUGGUGCUUCCCGGGGCUCGGCCCCAGGAGGCGCGGGGGCGGGGAGGGGGGGCGCGACGCUCGCGCUCGUCUACCUCCACCCGGGACUGCAGCAUCCCCGCCCCGAAAAGUCCCUCGCGCCCCCUGGUGGCCGUGAGCAGGCUGGCUCCGCCGCACCCGUAAGUCACAAAAAAAGCAAGAAAAAGAAAAAGUGGCCGCCGCGGGAGCCCGGGAGGGGGGCGGAGGCGAGAGGAGGCGGCGGCCGCGGCCAGCGCACCAUUCGCUCCACCUGAUCUCUGGCGCUGCGCGCG